ACAUACAAGGAGUGCCGUAUCAAUUGAUUUGUACUAUUUAGACCGCGAAUAGAAGGAGUUAAUUGCUUAUAUCAUCACUUACGUUUUACCAGUUUCAUAUUCUCAUCAACAAAUUGUAUUUUUAUUUUUUGUUGGUAUCAUUAAAUCUAUCUUUCAAACGUAAAUACAAAAUGCCGACGCAAAAAUGCACCGAUGCUGCUACAGCAAACCUCUAUUGGUACCUGGAGGCCGGGUGUUCGUUUGGCCUAUUGUCCAACAAGUGCAAAAAAUUUCAUUGAAUACCAUGACAUUACAAGUAGAAAGUCCAACGGUAUAUACAUGUCAAGGAGUACCGAUAUCUGUGACGGGAAUAGCACAGGUCAAGAUACAAGGACAAAAUGAAGAAAUGCUUUCUACUGCCUGUGAGCAAUUUUUAGGAAAAUCUGAAGAAGAAAUUCAUAAUAUCGCACUUGUUACAUUAGAAGGACAUCAACGAGCAAUUAUGGGAAGCAUGACUGUAGAGGAAAUAUACAAAGACCGUAAAAAAUUCAGCAAGGAAGUUUUUGAAGUAGCCAGCAGCGAUCUAGUCAAUAUGGGCAUUACAGUUGUGUCCUACACAUUAAAAGAUAUUCGAGACGAAGAAGGGGCAAAGGGAUAUCUAAAAGCUCUUGGAAUGGCGCGAACUGCCGAGGUCAAACGAGACGCGAGAAUCGGAGAAGCAGAAGCUCGCAGGGACGCUCAAAUUCGUGAAGCCAUUGCCGAAGAGCAACGGAUGGCCGCACGUUUCCUUAACGACACCGAGAUCGCAAAAGCGCAACGAGAUUUUGAAUUGAAAAAAGCCGCUUACGAUGUCGAAGUUCAAACGAAAAAAGCGGAAGCAGAAAUGGCGUUCGAGUUGCAAGCAGCGAAAACGAAGCAAAGGAUCAUGGAGGAACAGAUGCAAGUGCAGGUUAUAGAACGUGCACAAGAAAUUGCUGUACAAGAGCAAGAAAUGUUAAGACGCGAAAGAGAAUUAGAUGCUACUGUACGACGUCCAGCUGAUGCAGAAAAAUACAGAUUGGAAAAACUGGCCGAAGCUAAUAAACUACGAUUAGUUAUGGAAGCUGAGGCAGAAGCAGAAGCCAUAAAAAUUCGAGGUGAUGCAGAAGCUUUUGCCAUCGAUGCAAAGGCUAAGGCUGAAGCAGAACAAAUGACAAAGAAGGCUGCAGCUUGGAAUGAAUACAAGAGCGCCGCUAUGAUAGAUAUGAUGCUUGACACUCUGCCAAAGGUUGCUGCUGAAGUUGCGGCACCUUUAUCACAAGCAAAGAAAAUAACAAUGGUUUCUAGUGGCAAUGGAACCGUUGGAGCUGAAAAACUGACAGAAGAAGUUUUUAACAUUGUGACGCGUGUGCCAGAUAUAGUUAAAAGUUUAACAGGCGUGGAUAUCGCAAAGUCUAUUCAUGCUGCAUAAGCACGGUCUAUAAAAAACUUUUGAAUACUUCCUGACCACAUCCGUACUUGUACGAAAUAUUUAAUGAGUCUUUGAUACAUACAUUUAUUUUGAAAAUGCUGUUACAUAUUAGAUUCAUUAGUUUCAACUUAAUGACAUUUCGUUGAAUAACGAAUUCAGUACUUUCACUGCCAUUUACUUAAACGUAACAUAACAAUUUCGACUUGUGCCAAUUUUGAAUAAAUAUUAUAACUGUCGGUAAAUUCGAAUUGGUAUACAGCUUCGAAAAUAGAUUACAGAUUUCGAAUACAUUUCGCACAAGGUUCAUAUUUUAUUCCAACGCAAUAGGUAAAUUAUAUAUGUACAUACCCGAGUUUCAGAGGCAGUGAUUGUAUAUUUUUUUUCAAGUCUAAAUUAUAUAUUACUUGUGUUAGAAUAUUAUCUUUAUGUCUCGAUAUGUGUUAUACUCGUAUAAAGAUUUUAUUUUGGAUUACUAGAUUUUUUUAAAUCAGUAUUUUAUACACUUAGGAGAGAAUAGAUAAAAAAAGUAUGAAAAAUAUAUCUUUUUGAAUCUUUUAUUGACCAAAAAAAUGGUCCAGUUUUGUCCAUAUUCAUAGAAACUGUGACACACUUUCUGAGAGCAGAAACAUUCCUCCAACUAUGCUAUGCGUACCUUCCGAUUAUAUUGAUAUAAUUAAUGGGUAUGACCGCUUUAGAAAAGGAAGUGAAAUCCGACACUCGUUUAUUGAAUGUGGUUUGAUGUUUAAGUAACUAUGUCUAGUCCCUGGAAUUUAAAUAUCUUUACAUAAAUCUUUAAUUAACAUACUUUCAUCACUCAAAGAUGCACUAAUAUAUUUUGCGUCGAUUUUAGCUAGAAUUUACUGUGAUCUAAAUCUUUAUACAAAAAUUGAUAAUCAUAAGUUCUUGAAUUAUGUUUGAGAGCUUUGAUGAAUGAAAGAAAAAUUCGAUUUUAUGUAAAAUGAUUAAAUGUUAAAAUCAA